AUGUCGACUCUUUCAAAGGUGAACUUAAAAAUCCUUGACAUAUCCGGCAAUAAUUACUUGUCUUGGGUUCUAGAUGCAGAGGUACAUCUGGGUGCUAGCUCACUUGAUAAGACUAUUACUAAGGACAAUAAGGAGUCCUACGAAGAUCGCUCCAAAGCAUUAAUUUUUAUUCGUCAUCACUUAGACGAAGUUUUGAAGUCCCAGUAUCUUACGUUGAAAGACCUGUACACUCUGUGGACAGAGCUGAAGGAUAGGUUUGACCAUCAAAAAACGGUCAUCCUUCCAAGAGCUAGAUAUGAGUGUAUGCACCUCUGCUUACAAGAUUUUAAAAUUAAGCAUGAGCAGAAUAAUGAGUUAUUACUCAAGAACCAUCAAAGUCACCCAGCAGGUUCAACAGCUGCUCCAGAGGUGAACGCUUUAGAAAGUCGUGGCAAUGUUCCUGAAAUCCGUGGAAAAGGACACGGACGUUGGUUAGGCCCUAAGAAGCCCAACAAAAAGAAGACUGGUAAUAAUUCCCAUCGUCAGAAGGACAAGAAGAAUGCGUCUAUUAAAGGAAAGGAAAAUAAGGCUGAACCCAAUUUUGCCCAAUAUGACAUACCAAUGGAUAUGGCUCAUCUUGAUAUUUUUUACUUCAAGAAUGAUGGAAAUGAGUUUGAAGACAUGGAUUCCUUCCUCAAGGAUAUCUGA